UUUUCCACAUCUCUUCCUGCCGUAAAGUGAUUUAUUCUGGAAGUAUUAUGGCGGCGUCCGCUUUGCUGGGAAUGGGUAGUUCAUUCUUAAGAAGCAUUGCUGGACGGGUGCAGACGAGGUUGCUUGGGUCAUGCAGCUUUGGACAGACUUCCGGCUUUCACUCGAGUGCGGCUCUGGAGGUCAAGAGCUGGGAGAGGAAGAAUCGCAUCGUGUAUCCCCCGCAGCUCGCGGAUGAGCCCCGCAGGCCCGCGGAAGUACACCACUGUAGAAGACAAAUAAAGUACAGCAAGGACAAGAUGUGGUAUCUGGCAAAACUGAUUCGAGGAAUGACAAUAGAUCAAGCCUUGGCCCAGCUGGAGUUCAAUGACAAGAAGGGUGCUGCAAUUAUUAGAGAGGUUCUUUUAGAAGCCCAGGAAAUGGCAGUGAGAAACCACAACGUAGAAUACAAAUCAAAUUUGUAUGUAGCCCAGUCGUUCUCCGGGAAGGGCAAAUACCUGAAGAGGAUCCGGUACCACGGCCGGGGCAUGUUCGGCAUCAUGGAUAAGGUGCACUGCCAUUACUUCGUGAAGCUGGUGGAGGGCACGCCCCCACAGGAGGAGCAGAGGACGGGCUUCGACCAGGCCAAGGAGUACGUGCAGCAGCUGAGGGACCGUACCGUCAUCCACAGCCUCUAGCAGGAGUGGUGCCCCCUGCUGAGCGCGAUGUACUAUUGGAAAUCUGUAAAUAUGAAAUUGCAUUCGAUCAGUUCUCGGGGGAGGUGUGUUUUUAUUCCUGACGCAGCCCGGCUCUGGCUCAGUUGUGGAGACGGAGCACGGUCUGCUGUUUCCUGCAGGUUGACCAUGGCCGAUCGAUGCAGACAUUCGCUUGUUAGCGAUUGAGGGGUAUGAGUGAUAUCCCAGGCUGUCUGCCUGCUUGUUAUGGGGAAAAAAAACAAACCACGUCCUCUCGAAUAUAGAAGCUGAACACAGUGUUUAUGAAUUUUCGCGACCCUGUCUCUGCGAUUGCCGCACGUGGCAGGUGUAACGUCAAUGUUGCUUUUUCAGGCAGGGUGACAUUGCUUUCAUUUUCUGAUCCUCUUCUACCCGGCCUGGCUGUGGCAAAGGAAAGACAAAAGCCACAUCAAAGCAGUCCAAGCAGUCCGUGUUUCAGCAACCCGUGAAAGAAGAUGAGACAGUUAUGACAAUAAUAGUCAUUUUAUUACAAAAAAAAACGUUUGGAGUUCUUUCCAAAGUUGAAAGCCUGCUCGUGUGCAUGUUAUAUUCUCAUCUGUGCACUUCUUAAUGGCGACCUUUGAUGUUGAAGAAGAAUUUUUCCUUCUUGUGGCCGGUAAUAACAAAGCUCUUCAUCAUCCUGUAAAAUAAACAGCUCAAUGAAAAUAAAUGGGAGGGUGGUGCCCUAAAAGCCCCAUUCUAUUUAAAAAAUAA